AUGUCUACCCACCCCCGGUUUCUUUCCUUCCUUCUCUUGCUCCUCGUCAUCCACCUCCUCUUUCUUGCAUCCCCUCCUCCUUCCCAUUGUGCUGCUUUUGUUUCUACUUUAGUCAUCACUACUUCUGAAGCAAACGCUUUGGUGGCAUGGAAGGCGAGUCUUGACAACCAUAGCCGAUCUAUUUUGUCCUCUUGGGUUGGAACCGACCCUUGCAAUCAAUGGAUUGGAAUUGGAUGUCACAAGUCCAUAAGGAGCAUUGCAUAUGUAAACCUUACGGGCCUUGAGUUGAGAGGUACGCUCCAUAGUUUUAAUUUAUCAUCCUUCCCAGACCUCCAAAAGCUUGAUCUUAGCAACAACUCCCUCUUCGGAGACAUUCCCUCGAAUCUAGGAAUGCUUAUAUCUCUCACUCACCUAGACUUGUCAAGUAACAACAUCACAGGGCCAAUCCCAACUACUAUAGGAGACUUGGGCAACUUGACCAUCCUAUUCCUUCAUAUCAACAUGCUUUCUGGAUCUAUUCCUCGAGAGAUAGGAAUGCUUAAGUCUAUUGGUUGGCUAUACUUGUCAAGUAACAAACUCAUAGGGUCAAUCCCAGCUACUAUAGGAGACUUAGGCAACAUGAACACUUUGAUCCUUCGGGACAACAUGCUUUCUGGAUCUAUUCCUCAAGAGAUAGGAAUGCUUAAGUCUCUCACUUGCCUAGAAUUGUCAAGUAACAAACUCAUAGGCCCAAUCCCAACUACUAUAGGAUACUUGGGCAACUUGACCAACUUGUACCUUCAAGACAACAUGCUUUCUGAAUCUAUUCCUCGAGAGAUAGGAAUGCUUAAGUCUCUCAAUCAGCUAGACUUGUCAAGUAACAAACUCAUAGGGCCAAUCCCAGCUACUAUAGGAGACUUGAGCAACUUGUACUACCUAUACCUUUAUGACAACAUGCUUUCUGGAUCCAUUCCUCGAGAGAUAGGAAUGCCUGCGGCUCUCAUUGAUCUUCAAUUGUCAAAUAACAACCUCACAGGGCCAAUCCCACCUACUAUUGGAAAUUUUACUAGGCUCGCCACCCUAUUUCUGCAUCAAAAUUAG